GUAGAAGUUGGCCUACAUGUGCUGGUUCCAUCGAUCUGCCUCCGUGCAGGCACUAUUGGCAAUAGCGACGACGCCUGCGUCAUGGCCUCAUUUUAGGUUGCUAUGCCAUGUUCGCCCGCCCAGCGAGCCAGCUUGUUGCUAUCUGUCCUCCCUCCCCUCCAACAUCCCUUCACACCCAACCACCUUUGAACAUGCGAACCAACGAACUUUGGGGGUCGAGGCUGCCUUCUUCGUUUUCCGCCUCUAAGCAGCAGGAGGAUGCGCUGUGAUCUACAUCGUCCAUGCCUCACUCUUUGCCUAUCCUCUGAAAAGUCAUCUCGAGACUGACGUAUGGACUACUGUUUCAUUCUCUGAACUCCCCUUCUACCCUUGAACUCUUGCGGUGGUUGAUCGAGAUGAUCCAAAGCACGACGCAGGACAGCCUCUUUGACGUUACACUGGUUCAACGGAUUCGGGUGUAGACAGUGAUACUUUGCAGUGGUGAACACUGGACGGGCUGCUGACCAAAUCUCAACGCUUCCUUAUACGUCUAGCUCUUCUCUCCUCCGAAGAAACCCGUUCCCCUGACUGCAUCCUACGUCGUUACAAUCCAUCACGGAGACUACGCCGCCGUCGCUGCCAUUGAGAUCCUGCUUGCACAAAAGAGGUGGAAUAACUUGAUAAGGCGUCGAAGGAAGGCCGUGCUACGUCGGAAAGAGAAGGAUACACACACACACCUCACAGAAUACAAUCAUAUCUCCAAAGGCUAGGAAGGAUCCAAUAUCAAGCUUGACACGUUGGACAGGCUCAUCAGCUUCAAAGACACCGGCCUCUCGUGUCGACUGCUCAAAGCUUCCAGCAGUGACUCGCCUGCCUCCUUUCUCAACCGAUGAUGGUUGUCCAUGAAGUGACAGCAAAGGUAACACGGUCACACUGCAUGCGUUUGGAGCCUUUCUUGUACUCUACACUUGAUGGACAAAACCUCGGCUCUGUCCUCUGCAAGGUCAUCGCCGUAUAACAAUCGCGAGCAACCUCCAGCACACUCCCUUCGGAGCGAUUCCUGCGAGUCCUGCACCUCACUUUUGUGCCUUCUGCCUGCGGAAUCUCCCCCCAAAACUCAUGAAGCAGCUUCAUACUUACUCAUCUUCAUUCCACGUGCAUCUUGGACCGAUAAAAAGCAUGCUCUUUGUCUCAUUGGUUCGGCUGUUGGUUGAUGGGUCGCUGCGCCGUCAUGCAGAAGCGAGAGAGCAUUUCGCCACCCUUAGGCAACUGCGAGGUCGCUUUGCCUUCACGCCACGGAUCUCAUGUCUUGCCACAUGGAUUUUCCGUCGUGAGUGCUUGCACGUUGUCAUUGAGUGAUGAGGGAGAUUCAAAUAGCGCUUCCGCCGGCCGGAUCUGUUUCUUCCUCUGUGCAACAGCUCCGAGCAAAUGGCGGCUUAGAUGGAUGACCAGGCUCUUCAUGCCAAUGAGGUGUGUCUUCAAGCACCUCGUAUCAGCCAUGUCUUUGCCACUUUCGCUCCAGGUCCAAUCACUCGAUACUUAGAAGGAAGGUCGUUCCAUGAGCCCACGUUGCUCUCUACGAGGCCUCGCAAGAAAGAGUCACGGAACGGACGAAGACGGAAGUACAGUGGAGAACAAAAUGUCGGCCCAUGCCGGUAAUAGCAUGUCGCCUGAGACUUCUUGCGAUGAAUUAUUGCAACCCCACAGCCUUUUUCCCAGAUGCCUUGGUCAGACAUCGUCAUGGCCGUGGCUGGAGUGGUCUCCUCGCGUCCUGCGGACGCUUUGGCUUGCGCACUCGACUCUGCGACAGCUUGCUGGUAUUAGGUAUCUAGGAACUGUCUGAUUCUCGAAAAGCCUCAGGCGUGUUGCGAAACAAAGCGAGGACGUCGUCUAAAAAAGCAGCACUUUCCGUUUCAGGCCACGUCUCCUGCUGACCCUCUUCCCCCAAUUCGAGCUAUGGUUUCGAUGGACGGCCCUUGCAUGCCUUGGGUCAUGAUUGCUUCCGCAACUGAGUGCGGGUGGCCCUCAACCUGAUUAUAUGCAGCUGGAAGGCAACCUGUUGGCUGUGCAUGUCCUCUUUCGACCAAGUUGACCAUUGCACCGGCCAUCGGUAACCGAUUGAGGCCAGCAUCCGAAGCAGAACGUUGUGCUAGGGGAAAUGAAUGGCCUCGUAUUGGUGGUCUCGUCGCGCAUCGUUCAAGAGAUGAACCACUACGGGGAUCUCCAGACACCAGUGCAGACAUAUCGCCAAUGGGAUGCAUGUGUCUCAAGUCGAUGGAAUAUCAGCCUCAUGUAGACGUGGACGUACUCUUUUGCGAGUCCAAGAGCUUUCAGGUGAGCAUGUUCUUGGUGUGUUUCAUCAUGUGCCUGUACCAAGUAUGUUCUCCCCUAAGCCGGUCAGCCUCAGCCUCACCGGUUGUCACCAUGCAGCUUAGAUCUUCUUCGGGCCCGCUCGCACGAAUCAUUUGUCAACCUCAUCCGCAUCAGCCAG